AAAUUGGAAACAGAGAGGUUGUAUAUACCAGAUGGGGUAAGAGUAUGUGUCCUCCACAUGCAAAAUUAGUCUAUUCAGGGUAUACCGCAGGAUCACAUUAUACAAAUCCAGGAGCGGCGGUAGAUCCUCUUUGCUUACCGACGGAUCCAGAGUGGGGGAUCUAUAGGGAUGGAUUUGAUGGAAUUAAGGGUUAUAUUCAUGGAGCAGAGUAUGAAACAGCGAACUUUAAGGAAAACGCGUAUUUCAAUGCAUUGAACGAUCAUGAUGUACCGUGUGCUGUGUGUACUGUUCCAAACAGAUCCAUUUUAAAAAUGUUUCCGGCAAGAAAAAGCUGUUACGAAGGUUGGUCACUUGAGUACGAGGGUUAUCUAAUGGCGGGACAUUAUCUCCACGCAGCGGGUACAACAUACACAUGUGUAGACAAGAAACCAGAAGCCAUACAUGGUGGCCAUGCAAACUACAAUGGCUACCUAUUUUAUUUUGUUGAAGCUAUAUGUGGCUCAUUGAAAUGUCCCCCAUAUGUUCUAGGGAGAGAACUUACUUGUGCCGUUUGUUCCAAAAUGUAA